AUGCGCUCGAUUAACGCCAGACGGAUGGUAGCCGCAUUCCCAUACAAAUUCACCGCUUAUCGCAAAGGCGGCUUCUGGUAUCGUUAUCUAACUCUAUCGGCAAUCAGACAGGCAAGAAUGUUGAAAUUUUAUUGGAAUAGUGUUCGAUCCUGUGGAGUGCGAAAAGCAGCUUUCACGCAUGCUGACGCCUCGCACAAGGAUUUGGCGAAUUUCAGGCUGCAAGAACGCAUGAUCGCAUCAGAAAUGCUGGUGAAUAUUACUACUUGGAUUAAUAGAGGUCUCGGUGAUGAUGAUGACAAUGAUACUAAUGAUGCUGAUGAUAAUCGUGAUGCAUCUGGUGGCGAUGACGGUGGGAGGGCGGUGAAUGUGCUAGAAUUUGACCCAGGAGGAGGAACCAAUCGUGGAGUGCGGGCGAACGGAAGAGGAAGGAAGGGUGGAGUUUGUUGGGCCUCGUCGGUUGUCCUGGAGAAAUAA